AUGGGUAACGAGACACUUCAGCAGUUCGCCGCCCUCGAUCUAGACUACUUGAUUAUAGGUGGAGGUACCGCAGGUCUAGCUGUUGCUGCACGACUCACCGAGGUCCCUGAAUUCCGCGUGGGAGUCGUCGAAGCCGGCCCAUCGGUAUUUGACAUCGAUGAUAACGGCGCGAUCAAUGUCCCUGGUCGGUAUGGCGAAACCAUCAGCUCAAAAUACGAUUGGAAAUUCAAAACUAUCCCACAGCCGGGCCUAGGAGGAAGAUCACUACCAUGGCCACGAGGUCGUAUAUUAGGCGGCACAAGUGCGCUCAAUCUUAUGGCCUGGAAUCGGGGUCAUCGCAAAGACUACGAUGCUUGGGCGGAACUGGGGAAUGACGGAUGGGGAUGGGAAGAUCUGCUGCCUUUUUUCCGCCGCAGCGAGAACUUCCACCCGCCGAGCGCCGCUCAUCAAAAGCAUUAUCAGUCCUCCUAUGAUCCCCAGGCUAAUGGAACGAAGGGCCCUGUACAUACAACUCAUGCCAAGCAAUAUAGCCCUGCACACCAAUAUUGGCAUGACACACUCAAUAGUCUCGGGGUUCCAUCCACGCGCGAUAGUCUGGCGGGUGAUAAUACGGGCGCCUGGAACAUGGUCUGUACUAUUGAUCCAGAUAGUCAGGAGCGCAGCUACUCUGCCUCUGCGUACUACUACCCCAUUUCGAAACGCCCAAACCUGCAUAUACUGACCGAAGCAACCGCCAUGGAAAUUUUGUUCGAUUCUGAAGAUGAUGAGUGGUACACAGCAGGGGUUCGAGUACGCUGGAACGGACUGGAAGCCAAUAUCAAAGCAUACGAAGAAACAAUUGUCUGUGCUGGUAGCGUGCAAUCGCCACAACUUCUGGAGCUAUCCGGCAUUGGCAAUCAGGACGUGCUGGAAGCUGCUGGAAUCGAGACAAAAGUCCACAGUCCCAACGUAGGGGAGAAUCUACAGGAGCAUAUGAUGACUGCCACUAUCUUCGAAAUACCCUCCACGAUUCCAACCCGGGAUGAUAUUCUCAAAGACCCAAUUCAGCGCGAAGCUGCGGACCGCGCCUAUUAUGCUUCUCAGACCGGGCCUUGGACUGUGAUGCCCUGUUCAGUGGCGUACUGUCCGCUCUCGAAGAUCCUAUCGCCUGAGGAAUGCGAUGAGCUACACACUCAAGCCAGGGAAGUCGCGCGAAAUACAGGACGUGCACAUGACGCUCUUCUGGCCACUCAAUUCGAAUCCGGUCAAGCGCGCGGGCAAGUCGAGUAUCUCUUCGAUCUCGGUAACUGGAGCCCAUAUUUUGUUUCUGAGCCAGGAAAGAAAUACGCUACAAUGCUGCAAAUGCUGCAGUACCCUUUCUCGCGCGGCUCUAUCCAUAUACCCCCUAUGAGUGAAAACAACUAUGAAAAGGCCACAAUUGAUGAUAAGCCUGUGAUUGAUCCGCGGUACUUUCUAGGACCUGGGGAGAUUGAUAAGAAGGUCAUGGCGAAAGCACUUAAAUGGGGAGAUCGAAUUUGUCAAACUGAGCCUUUGGCCAAACUCAUUCAAGAUCGUGUCUUUCCUCCUGCCAAUGGGGCAGACUCCGAGGACAAAGUAUACGAAGAGUUUGUCUCGAAUUACACUGUCACCGAUUGGCAUCGUAUGUGCUCCCCCUCAGAUCCAUUCAACAAGUCACUAAAUAUACAUACAGCAGUUGGAACAUGCGCUAUGGGUGAAGAAUAUGGGAUCAAUGCGGGAGUUGUGAAUGAUACGCUACAGGUGCAUGGGGUCCAUCGUCUGCGGGUUAUAGAUGCUAGCAUCAUGCCAUUGCAGGUUGGGGCACACAUCCAAGCCACUGUAUAUGCGAUUGCCGAAAAGGCGGCGGAGAUGAUCAUUGAUGACAAUUUUUCUCGAAAUGGUCACUUCUGA